CAACAAUACAAAUGGCCCCACAAAUCCAAAAGCCUGCUCCACAAUUCACCAAGACUGCUUUGAUGCAAGAUGGUUCAUUCAAGCAAAUCAGCUUGUCUGACUACAAGGGUAAAUAUGUUGUCUUGUUCUUCUACCCAUUGGACUUUACUUUCGUCUGUCCAACUGAAAUCAUUGCCUUCUCUGAAAAGGCUGCUGCUUUCAGAGAAAUUGGAGCUGAAGUCAUUGGUGCUUCUGUUGACUCUGAAUUCACUCACUUGGCUUGGACUCAAACUCCAAGAAAGGAAGGUGGUUUGGGUAAGGUUGAUAUUCCACUUAUUGCCGAUCUUGACAAGUCUUUGGCUAGAGAUUAUGGUGUCCUUUUGGAAGGUGGUGUUUCUCUCAGAGGUUUGUUCAUCAUUGAUGGUAACCAAAACUUGAGACAAAUUACUGUCAACGAUUUGCCAGUUGGUAGAAAUGUUGAUGAAGCUUUGAGAUUGGUUGAAGCUUUCCAAUUCGUUGAAAAGCACGGUGAAGUUUGCCCAGCCGGAUGGCAAAAGGGUAAGGCUACCAUCAAGCCAAAUCCAAAGGAAUCAAAGGAAUAUUUCUCCUCCCAAAAUUAAUUAAUAAAUUAAUAAUUUAUUUUUUAA